CUAUAGCCCCUCGUUCCACCGGCCGCCGGGUGUCGUCUCGUUUACCUUCUCGACGCGACGCCCACCCACCCCAGUCCGCUCCGCCACUCGUGUCGUUUCUUCCACCCACGGGCUCGCAUCGCAGCAGCCGCCGGGCUUCCAGAAGCUCUCUCAGCGCAGGGCGCCGCCAUGGCUGCGGAAGGCAAGGCUCCGUCGCUCGCGGAGGAGUAUUCACUCCCACCCCAGGAGGUCCAGUUGCAAAAUCCAUCUGAAGAGAAAUCUGCUGCUAGCACUGUGGCUGAAGUUGUUCCCGAGAAAAGUGCUGAAACCCCACCAGCUAAUGAGGCUACUGUUGCUGUUGAAGAAACAAGUGAAACUUCAGAGGUGAAGGAAGCCUCUGAGGAGCCAGAAGCUGAGGCAAGCCCUGCUGCUGAAGAAAGUGGUGAGGUUGCUGAAGAAAGCAGUGAUGCUGCUGAGGAAACAGCUGAUGAAAAACCAGAAAUUAAGAUCGAGACAGCUCCAGCAGAUUUUCGUUUCCCAACAACAAAUCAAACAAGACAUUGCUUCACGCGCUAUGUUGAAUAUCAUAGGUGUGUAGCUGCAAAAGGGGAGGGUGCUCCUGAGUGUGAAAAGUUUGCUAAGUACUACAGAUCACUCUGCCCAAGUGAAUGGGUUGAGCGUUGGAAUGAGCAACGUGAAAAUGGCACAUUCCCCGGACCCUUAUAAUGCCGCUCAGUGGCGAGAAAGCCAUGCUUGUUCUGGCACCCUACCUUCGUCGAUAACUACAGGAGGCUUCCUUUCCUUUUGGGAGACUAAUAAAGUGUUGGAUUGAUGUGCAAGGAUUCACUUUUGAAUUCUUUCCUGAACUUGGAUCGUUCGAGGAUUCAGGUCCCCAAUUUUGAUGUACGUGUUACCACCAAGAGCUCUUUCCGGAUUAUAAUAUCUUGUCACUCGCUUGUUGCGGAGGGACAGCAUAUGGAAUAAACGACAGCUUGUUCCUGCAGUGUAAUCUUUCAAAGUGCUGUUAGUAGCAUCACACUUUUUUACCCAUAAGGUAAUCUGCACGUUUCCAA